AUGGCAUCACAAAAUCAAAACAAUUUAUCUCUGCGAUCUGUCCUUGAGAAGGACAAGCUGAAUGGGACAAACUUCAUCGAUUGGUACAGAAAUUUGAGAAUUGUUCUCAAACAUGAAAAGAAGUUGUAUGUCCUAGAGCGUGUUGUUCCUGAGGAACCUCCAGCUACUGCCCCUAGGGCAGAAAAAGAUGUUUAUAAGAAGCAUCAAGAUGAUUCCUUGGAUGUUGGAUGCCUCAUGUUGGCUACCAUGAACUCUGAGCUUCAAAAGCAACAUGAGAACAUGGAAGCUUUUGAGAUGAUCGAGCACCUCAAGAAAUUGUUUCAAGAGCAAGCUCGACAGGAGAGGUAUGACAUUUCCAAGGCAUUGUUUCAGUGCAGAAUGGCAGAAGGAAGCUCUGUCAAUUCUCAUGUGCUCAAGAUGAUUGGGUACAUUGAGGAUCUUGAGAGAUUAGGCUUCAAGCUAAAUAAAGAUUUAGCCACUGACUUAAUGCUGCAAUCGUUGCCGGACAAUUAUAGUCAAGCUUCUAAAUAUGCUGAAGACAGCUGA